UUAAGUUCUUAUGACUGAGUAUCAGAGAAUUAAAUUUAAACGUUACCCAAAACUUCAAACUAAUAUAAAUCCGGAGGCUAGGUAUUGGAGAAAAUUUAAGCAUCAAGUUACAGUAAAGGAAUAUGCGGCAGUUACCUCAAUUGAUUUUUGUCCCGUUUUACCUUAUGAUUACGCCAUAUCUAGUUCAGCAAGAAUCCAAAUAUACGGUGUUAACAAUAAUAAAGUGAAGAAAACUAUUUCGAGAUUUAAGGAGAUUGCUUAUUCGGGCUGCUUUCGGGAAGAUGGCCAAUUACUAGUCGCAGGCGAUGGAUCUGGACUUAUACAAGUUUUUGAUAGUAACAGUCGUACCGUUAUGAGAACUUUUAUUGGCCAUAGUAGAGCAGUACACGUCACUAAAUUUUCUUCUUACUCUCAAGUUAUGUCGUCCUCCGACGAUUGCACGGUGCGCUGCUGGGAUUUACCUACAGGCGAAGAACUCAUCUCAUUAUCGGGUCAUAAAGACUAUAUUCGAAGUGGUGAUGUUCAUUCCAGUUCUCCUGAGUUAUGGUUAACGGGAAGUUAUGAUCACACUGUUAAACUUUGGGAUCUUAGAAGCAAAGAAACCACUUUUACCAUGUGCCACGGCGCUCCAGUAGAAAGCGUUUUAUUGUUCCCUGGCGGCGUUAUGGCUCUUUCCGCUGGAGGAAACAAAAUUAAAGUUUGGGAUCUCCUAAGCGGGGGGCGUGAACUUUAUAGUUUUUCGAAUCACCAGAAGACUAUUACUUCUCUUGCAUUUGAUAGCUUCCAUCGUCGCAUUCUUUCGGGAUCGUUGGACCACCACGUAAAAAUAUACGAUGCGAGCACUUAUAAAGUUUUGCACGGCAUCAAGUACACUGCCCCCGUCUUGUGUUUAGCAUCUUCGCCAACCGGUCGCCACCUCGUGGUGGGCAUGAGCGAUGGCUGCGUGUCCAUCCGCUACCGUCCGGAAAUAAAGCCGCCUCCGGCGCCUCAGGCCCCUCCACGUGGCGGAACGCACAAGUAUAUUGUGCGUGGACCGUUAGCGAAGCCGAAGGAGGACGACCUUUUUAUUGAGCGAGAAAAAAAGAAAAUUUUAAAGCGGUAUGACGCUUUUCUCAAGAAAUUCCAAUACGGAAGAGCUUUGGAUGCCGCUUUGGAGACUAGCAAGCCUGUGGUGGUCAUCUCUGUUCUAGAGGAACUGGUCCGUCGCGGAGGAAUUCAUAUAGCACUUAGCGGAAGGAAUGAAAAGUCGCUGAUCCCAUUUUUAAUGUUUCUAGCUAAACAUAUAAAUAAUCCGAGAUACUCGUCGCUUUUAUUAAAUCUUUGCGGAGUAAUAAUAGACAUUUAUAGUUCUGUUAUUGGCCAGUCGUUAGAGAUUGAUGAGCUCAUUUUUAAAAUUCACCGGAAGAUUAAAUUGGAGAUUGAAUUUCAGAAGAAACUGUUUGAAAUUUUGGGAUCUCUCGAUAUGAUUAUGCAUAACAGUUUAUGA